UUUUCGUUGCUCGACUUGUCUUUUCAGCUUUUCACUUUCACUCUAUUUCUUUCUUUUUUCUUUUUUGGGCUGAACACUCUCACUCUCUUUCAAAAGUUUGAAACUUUGAAAUUUGUAUCACCAUCGCCGUCGCUCCUUAACGUUUUCUCCCCGUCGGUCGAUUUUGGGCGUUACGUCUUGCGGUGAUCAUCAGUGACUCUGGAACUGGGUUGAUUUCCAAUGUCGGAAGAGAAGGAUGCUUUCUACCUCGUCAGGAAGGGUGACGUUGUUGGCAUUUACAAGAGUUUGAGUGACAUCCAAGUUCUUCUCGCAUCUUCUGUUGGCUCCUUGGAGAUUUAUAAAGGAUAUUCUUUAUCAAAGAAAGCUGAGGAGCACCUUGCCUCACACGGGGUUAGGGGGGCUGCCUACUCUAUCAGCGCCGCUGAUGUGAGCGAAGGACUUUUUGGAAGAAUUGUUGCUUGUCCUUACCAGCAACCAUACCAUUCUGGAGGAAAAUCAUUUGGGAUAAAUUUACCAUCGAAGGUGUUGCGAGGGGCUGAUCAACCUGAUAAUAAUCUAAAGGUUGUCGGAUCAUCGUUAUCUUCAUCAAAUUCUGAGAAGCAUCAAAUUUUUAAUGCAGCUCAAUCAGAUAUGUUGGCUUGUCUUUCUUGUAUUAUUGAGUUUGAUGGCGCUGCAAAAGGAAAUCCUGGACCAGCUGGUGCAGGAGCUGUGCUGCGUUCUGAAGAUGGAAGCAAGGUCUGUCAUUUGCGCGAGGGAGUGGGCUUAGCAACAAAUAAUGCUGCUGAAUAUCGUGGUCUAAUUUUGGGAUUGAAACAUGCCAUUAAGAGAGGAUAUAAACACAUCCGUGUCCAAGGAGACUCCCUGCUUGUCUGCAAUCAGAUGAAGGGUUCGUGGAAAACCAAAAAUGCAAAUAUGGCUUUCUUAUGUAAUGAGGCCAAGGAGCUGACGAAUAAUUUUUUAUCAUUCCAAAUUAACCAUGUUCUAAGGGAAUAUAAUUCUGAAGCUGAUGUCCAAGCAAACUUGGCCGUAAAUCUCAGAGCUGGCCAGGUCGAUGAAGAUUGUCAGUGCUAAUACCUUGGCUUUAUGCCAGAGGAAAACUAAGUAGGUGAAGGAACAUGUUAAAUAUUUAUGAAUAUAUAGAUAAACCCUAUUUUGGCCCCUAAUAGAUGUGGUUCUCUCUCACAAAUGCCGUUAUUAUAGUUAGUCCCGCUAUGGCUCUAUCUAUGUGCAGUCCCUGGCUAUCAGACACUCGGCUCUUGGUCAAGUGACAUGUAUAUGCAUUAUCCAAAACUGUUACCUACAUUACAGCUUUUGUAUCAGCCUUUUGAUGAUGCAUUAUCUUCCAAAUCAUUCUGUGUUGAAUUUGAAAGGAUGGCUCGUUCUGGGAUGCGAGAUUUUUCGGCCAGUCCAAGGAGGAACAUCGCAAACAACUUUUUUCGUGGAAUGGACUUCUAACGCCCUCUUUUGGGCCUCUAUUGA